AUGUUUGCUUUGUUCGACAAACUACAAUCUAAGCAGAGAGCAUGGUCUGAAAAACGUAACUCCUUGAACGAGGAGAGUACAAAUGGGUCGCAAAGUCUGGUACCCAAGCAAGACGCGCAUCGCACACCUGCUACUCAACCAAACGAUCUCUGGGUUAGAGCUGAAGAGAAAUUGAGACAGAAUAGGGAGCUGGACAAGAUCCUGACAGACUCAGCUAAGAUACUGGAAUCUGAUUACGCGAUCUACGAGAAGGAGAGGAAGUGGGUCAUUCACCUAGGGAAUCAUAGUGUCAGUGUUGGGGAGCAAAUCGCCAACAUAUCCAAAAAUGUCGUGGCGCUCAAAGAUCUGAUCACUCCUGCUGCAAGCUUGAGCCCCCCAGCUUCGCUUGCCUGUGCUGGCAUAAUAGCUUGUUUUUCGAUGGUUGUCCAAGCGGCUGAACAGCAUGCGCUUCUCCUACAAGGGUUAGAAUCAACAUCUGGAUUGGUACUACGCCUUCACGUCAUGGAAAACCUUUAUUUGCAUUCUCGGCCAAAACAGGGUGUUGAUCUCCUUGAAGAGUUUCAAGGCACUUUGGUCUCCAUCUACUCAAAGAUACUAGAGUUCCAGGCUCGUGCGGUCUGCUACGUACACCGACAUUCAGCCUCUCAGCUCCUGAGAGAUAUUUUCAAGUGGGACGGAUGGGCCGAACUGUUGGAAGGCUUUGAGACCUCUCAAAAAUCUUUAGAUCGAUUUACUUCGCUGAUUGGGCAUGCGGAACUAACUCAAAAGCUCGAAGAGUUAAAUACUUCACACGAACGUGAUACCUGGACAACUACACCGGCUCGAGAUGAAAGGGUAAAAAAAUUUUUCAACCUGCUCUACACUUGCCCAUACAAGGAUCGCAAAGACAGGAAUAGCAAACGGGUUCCUGGAACAUGUAAAUGGUUCACUAGCCAUCCUAUAUUCAAGGACUGGCAACAGAGGACAAAUAACGAAUUUCCCGGUCUUUUGUGGGUGUCGGCUGAUCCCGGUUGUGGCAAGUCGGUCUUAACGAGAUAUCUUGUUGAUGAAGUUAUUCUCAAUACCGUUGACAGAACAGUCUGCUAUUUCUUCUUCAAGGAUGACUUUCCGGAUCAGAAGAGUGCGACAAGCGCACUCUCAGUCAUAUUACGUCAGCUUUUUAUUGCGCAGCCUCAGCUUUUGCAAGAUGCAGUCCUGAAUAAGCAGGAAACUGAUGGUCAAAAGCUUGUUCAAUCAUUUUCUGAAUUAUGGAACAUCUUAGUGUCUGUCUCGGGCAAUUCGAAGGCUGCAGAGGUUAUAUGUAUCCUGGACGCAUUGGACGAGUGUCAAGAUGGUGACCGCAGGCAACUCAUCUCCGCUGUGAAGGACUUUUACUUGGGGCCCCACAAAAGCAGCAAGCUAAAGUUCUUGAUAACAAGCAGACCAUAUGAUCACAUACGUCGUGGCUUUUGGGAGUUGGAAAAACAACUACCUACCAUUCAUUUAAGUGGGGAUAGCGAGGAAGAAGUCAAAGAGAUAUCUCACGAAAUAGGUCUUGUUAUUAAAAAAAGGGUAGAUGACAUCAGCGACCAACGGUCAUUGGAGAAGGAUGAGCGCGAUAUGCUUGCGCAAAAGCUGAACGCAGUUGAUAAUCAAACCUAUCUGUGGGUUAGCCUCACCUUGGACGUGCUUGAAAAUAUCCCGAGUUUCACAAAAGGGAAUGUCCGUCGAGUCAUGAAGGACUUGCCCACAGCUGUUGACGAUGCCUACGAAAAGAUCUUGGCUCGGAGCUCAGAUAAAGGCAAAGCUAGAGUUCUUCUUCAUAUCAUUACAGUUGCAAUGAGGCCUCUCUCCUUGCAAGAGUUAUCUUUCGCCUUAGCAGUCAGUGCCGAUCACGAUAGUCUUACAAGUAUACGUGAUGACAUGGAACCGAAGGACCGCUUUAGAAAGACUCUGAGGGACCUGUGUGGACUCUUUGUGGUUGUUAUAGAUGAGAAAGCUUACCUUCUUCAUCAAACUGUCAAGGAAUUCUUGAGAUGGAAGCAUUCAAUACUGCCAGAGGAAUCCAAUCAGAUUCUUGCAGAAAUAUGCACUUCAUAUCUAACAUCUCGGCAAGAUGACCUUUAUGAGAAAGUCAUUGAUGAGGAAAUGUUUGAUAAAUAUUCCUCAUGUUACUGGAGUGCACAUUUCCGUCUAGCCUGUGUACGGGAAGGGAGCCCGCUAUUGAUACGCGCCCAAAGGCUUUGCAACCCAAUGUCUGGUAUAUAUCUACGGUGGUCUAAGAGCUAUAGGUCUAUGGAAGGCCCUUUGCCUGCGGGCGCCACAACACUUUUGGUAGCUUCAACUUUGGGACUUGCAGGCGUAGUAAAUGCUCUGCUUGCCACAGGGAAGGUAGAUAUUGACAUUAAGGAUUUCUAUGGACAUACACCCCUAUCUUGGGCAGCAGAGAACGGCCACGAGGCAGUGGUGAAGCUUCUUCUUGCCACAGGGAAGGUAGAUAUUGACUCUAAGGAUUCCAAUGGGCAGACACCCUUAUGCUUGGCGGCAUCCUAUGGCAAUGCGGCAGUGGUGAAAGCUCUGCUUGCCACAGAAAAGGUGGAUAUUGAGGCUAAGGAUUCACUAUAUGGCCAGACAUCCCUAUCUUGGGCAGCAGGGAACGGCCACAAGGCAGUGGUGAAACUUCUUCAGGAACACCAAUAG